AUGGCAGACAGGGAAUUGCUGCCGCUCGAUCACUUUGCGGCACUGCUCAAGCCACUCCAAGCACUCGGUCUCGCAUCAGCCUACAGGGACGAAAUUGUGAGAGAGGACGAGCUACGGAUCAAGCUCACUCAGAGCCUGCCUAUCUGGUCACAAUGGCUCUCACUUCCCUCAAAGAGCAAAGCAGAACGAGCAGAUGUCGAAAAGGGCAUCUUGAGACCUCCUGCAGGUCCAGCGCUGCGAAUGAACAGCGAGUUCGUACAGGAAGCCCUCUUGCUGUCUGAUCAGCUCGAUCUAUCCGAACGCCUAUCUGCCACACUGCUGUCCCAAGCAGUCUCGAGCGUGACAAGUCAGCAAGUCGAUGCUCUGUCGACUUCAGAUCAGGCUGCCCCAGGCACGGCAGCAGAACGGGCCAUUCUCGUCUACUUUCAGUUCAAGCAGGAUGGUCUGGCUGCACUUCAGCUAGUCGUCCAGUCUUGCUGGGAUGAGGCAACGCCAGAUCAUCUCAGGAGGAUCCUGUCGUCUUGUGUCGAGGACUUGCUCGCGUCCACGCAGGCGGACAAGCCUCAACAGCCUGCUCCUGCUCCUCUCGGCAGCUUUGGCACCGCUAAGCCCCCGCCACCGAACGCUUCGGGUUCAAAGUCUUGGAUCUCUCGCGGCUUGCUGGAGAUGGCGACGCAAGCCGAGCUUGCGAAAGCGAUUCACGCCAGCAGUGGACAGCCCAAGCCUGGCUUCUCCUACGAGAUCAACGCGCUCAGAAUCCAAGCUCAUCAUGCCUCUCGACGUGCCAUCGCUUCGACCAUCUACUGGCUGUCUCAUGCUCAUCAACUUGAGAUUGAAGACCUGAUGCAGAUCCUUAGCUGGCUUAAGAGCGCAGACGAGCAAGAUGAAGCGACGCUCUUCUUAUCCAUGGCCGUCAUGGCUCACUUUGACGCAUCUGCCUUUCACUCGCUCGACGUCAACAGGCCCGAUGAGCUCGUGCAACGGGGUCCGGAAGCCCUUGCCCUGUCUGCUGCCGCCAUCAGCAAAGUCAAUGCGCUCUUCGCUUCCGUCUCGGCAGAUCGUCCGGCAUCACAGUGGUCGUCAGCUCAUCUCAAAGCAGCAUUGCAGCUUGCUUGGACGCUCUGGCUGACUCAGCAUGCUCACUCUCGCGCCUUGCAGCCACAAGAUCUUCGACUGUCCUCUACCGACAUAGAGAACGCGCUGUAUGAAAGCAUCACCGAAGGAGCUUUCGACUUUCUGCGAGAGACUACUCUACGAUGGGUGCAGACCAGCACGAGCUGGCAAGGCUACGAUGAGCUCGUCAGAUCCACUUCGGCUCCACCUUUGCUAGGCCUCGUCGCUGUCGAGACGGGAUCAGUCAGACUGUCAUCGUCUCGAGGAGCGCCCGCACUCGAUCGUACGCUCGAGAGCAAGUCGACGCUCGCGUCCGACUUAGCCGCCUUCCGACCUGCAGUGCUGUAUCAACUCGAUGUACUUCUCGCGAGCCUCAUCACCUCGAUGUCGCCUCUCUUGCGGAAGCUCAAACACCGCGAAGAAGAUCGCGUGUAUGCUAGUGUACAAGAAGGUCCCGGUCAGCAGAGCUCUGCGAGUAGCAUGCGCUCGACGCGCAGACGCAACACAAGGGAGGAUCCUAAAGCGCCUGCUGCUCCCCCUCGCAAGGACUUAGAAUCACUUUUCCUCCUGGUUUCUACCCUCUACGCAGGUCGUCAGGAUGCGUCCUUGGUUUUCUGGCGAGAGCAGCUAUCUGCUGCUGGUCACGAGUAUGCCGACAACCGUCUGCCUGCUUUCCUCAGAUGGGCUGCAGAAGUUCGCACGCCUGGUCUGAUCCGCGCUUUCUUUGGCAUGCUCGCCAGCCUGUCUGACGGUCCAGAGAGCGCCACACAUGCCUAUGAAUUCCUCGCUAGUCGGGCGGGUGGGCCAGGCAAUCUCUGCUCGUGGUCUUCUCUUUUUGGCGCUCUCAACUUUUACGCUACCUCGUUGCAACAGCACUAUACCAGCAAUAGCUACGGCGCAGACGGUGCAGGUGACAUCCCGCCAGAAGAGGUUGAGCUUCUCAAGUCGUUCGUGCGGCUCUUGCGAUGCAUCGUACAGUCGUCUGCGUUGGCAAGGGCGAGCUUGUACGAAGACCAGUCGUACAAGCCGAUUGCCACCUUGCUCAGUCUAGCAGUCUGGCCCAUCCCGCUCGACCUGAAAGCUGCUCUGCUUGAUGCUGUUGCUGCCUUUGCGCGUUACGAUGGCACAACAACGUCCAUAGAAAUCGCUAGGCAGAUCUGGCAAUCGCUCGAGCAGUACCAGAUCCUCGUCACCGCACCGCAGAAGAAUCAGCUCAAUCGCAACACGUUAGACUCUGGAGGUAUCUUGUCAGAGCUGGAAGACGUAGAAGUGCCCGGAGAGACCUAUCCUCACACCACAGCCUUUGUUAAUCUGAUGAGUUGCUUGAUACCCUCGCCGGCUCACGCUGCUGACGAUCGCCAGACGGCUUCGACUGCACUCAUUACGUUACCGGACCUUGCGCGGCAAAGGCGACUAAUACCCAACAUGCAGCCCUACCUCAGAUUCGUUGUUGAAGAGGUCCUCUUGAAGCUGCGCGACCGAAGAUACAAGUAUCCUAUCGAGCAGUGGCAUCUCGCAGACCUCUGUCUGACCUUUGUCGAUCGCGCAAUCGCCUCGCUCGACGCGCAAAAAUACUUGCAAGCUGGCACCUUCAGCACGAGCAAUAUCCACAAUCUCACUAGCAAUCCCGGCUUUGAGCUGCUUCUCCAGCUACUUUCAGGCGCAGAUCUUCUGCGCGAGAUAUGCAUCGUUGCUUCGGCCGGCUUCGAUGCCGUGCAAUCCAGCAAGAUACCCUCCUUUCUGGCCUCUGUAAGACGCUCGCUGUCGAUCUUGCUCAGGGCAUCCGAGUUGCAAUAUACAUUCGUCGAGGUCGUUCUACCGACGCUGGCAGAGAUGCCGGACUUAUCGACUGAUCUCUUCAAGCGAAUCCGUAGUGCGGUGACAAUCGACGAGCAUCUACUGUACUCCAGCGAUGUGGUAGUUGCAAUCGCUUCGCUAGUCGGCACCGACAAAAACCAUCAGAUUCCGCUCAACGCAGUCAAUCUGCUCUCUAUCAUCGCCCAAUCUCCACCGUUCAGCGAAGUCGACCGCUUCCGCAACCUUUAUAGAAACAAGAUGAACCGGCUGGUCGGACUCAUCGAAUCAUCCGCAGAAACCCUGCGGAUCGUCGCCGGCUUUGCAGCCUGUAUCGAUGCUUCCAUCGAUAGACUAGAUGACCAGGGUAGCGGCCUUCGGACUGAUGAUCCUGAAGCAAUGUCGCAGGGGCGGGCGACAGACUUGACGCGCACAGCGGCGCUUGACCUGCUCCUCACGAAUACGCAAAUCAACACGGCUGCACCCAAUCUGGCGCACCUGUUGCUAGGCAUCGACGUGCGUAGUAAAGCCGAAGAGCUCAUCAUUGAAGAUGCGCCCGGCAAACGAACGUCAUUGCAGGCUGUGCUCGAUUUGCUUGACGGGCCAGUCACAGCGAGCGAUUGCGCUGUCGCUGAGCGGGCUUAUCAUCUCGUUCGUCAGCUGGGAGGGCACGAUUAUACCGGCGUCGCAGUGCGGCGCUAUUUGCGGACACAAAAGCAUUUCUACCUCGACCAUCUCGCGCGGACGCCCUUUUUGCCGCCUCUCGAUGAUGGUCGUGACGCCGGUACUCUCAAGCUCACUUCCGGCCUCACGAUCAUGACCACUGCUGAUGCCAUCACGUCGACACUGCACGGCCAGGCUUGGAUGCUCGAAGCAAUUGCCCUCGAAAUCAAUGCUCUGGCAGCGGAACAACGUGCAAGUCAACUCGAGCAAUUCCUUGAGCUGCUCUUUGUUGGUGAACAGAUUGCCGACCAGUCAGCAGAGGAUCAAGUCGAUGCCGACAUCGAACAGCCCACGCCUCGCCUGCUGGAGAUCUUCUUCAGUCUGGAUUUCACUUUCACUAGGCAGCAGCCCGCAUCUGCGCCUGAUCUGGUACACUUUGCAGAAAUCAACUUUGCAGCCUGCUUGCAAGUCAAUGCUCAUGGCUGUCAAGUGUAUGACCUCAUCGCCGUGACUGAACUCCUGGCGCAGGGACGGCAGACGAUGCAACAUCAAGGCAAGUUAGCCAGUCCACAGCAGCAGGCAUCGGUGCGCGACGAGACCAAAGAUAUAUUAGAAGCCCUAUCGCGAGACAACGAACAGCGCGAGAUCAGACACGCUCGUUUGCAUGCGCUACAAGCAUGGCGCCAGGUCCUCGACAUUGCUCUCGCGCGAUGCCUCGAUAUCCUGCCUGCAACCAGCGUGUCGCAGCUUUUGCUGAACCUGCUCGUCUUAGUGCUGCCUCCGCUACGUGCUGAAGACACCGAACAUGCGAUUGCCGAACUUCUCGCGUCUGCUGGGGUCAUGAUCAUCACGUCUUUGCGCGGUCUAACAGCCAGCGAGAUUGCUGGUGUCGGAGAGCAUUCGCUCUUAGCUGCUACCGAGAAACUGCAGAGCAUCCUGCGCUCGGUCGCUCAAGCUAUCAUCACACCUGGCAGUACGUCGGGCGUCCGUGGCAACCUAUGCGUCUUGCUUCUCAAUUUACUGCGAAUGGGUCACGCGAUAGCUCAGACGGAAAUCGCCAAAGCCCCUACGACAACCUACGAAUUGAAUGUCGGUGCAGACCCUUCCUAUGAUGCUAUGUCGGCGGUUGGCACAGACUCGGGUCGUGUCAGAGCCACCAUCGAUGCUAGUAACUCGCAAAUCAUCCUAUCGAUCGCCGAUCGACUGCUACCGGUUUUGUGCCGCGACGCUUUGUUGGGUUCAGAGAUCUGGCAAACGGUUACGUAUAUGACACUUGAUGCUAUCGUGCAGCUCAACGGCGAUAUGAAAUCCCAGAUGCGAUUGAUCGGCAUAAUUGCAAAGCAGGGCUAUCUGCGCAGUAUCUGCUCAUCUCUUCAGGACGCCGAAACUCGCAUCGAGGAUGUUCUCAGCCAGGAUCCAGAAACGCUGAAUCCGCUCUAUGUGUACGAGGCCAAGGUCUCCUGCCUCAUGCGAAUUGCCGCCGCUCGGUCUGGUGCCGAAACAUUGCUCGACAGCCAGCUCUUUACUGCCCUCGGCGCUUGCACAUUCUUGCGCUCACCGCCUGAAUCAGAUCCUGAAGGCAUGGACAUCGAGUCAUAUAUCCCUUCUCCGAACGAGCGCUAUCAUCAACUCCUAUUGCCGGCGCUACAGCUCGUCGUUCUCACAAUCAGUAGCGUUAGUGACGAUAGCGUCGCGGCUGCUCGGCAGGCACUGCAAUUUGCCAUUGCACAAAGCGAUGGCCUUAUUGCUUGCCUACAUGCCGUCAUCCAGGCGCCUAGCCUGAUCGGCCUGCAAGAGACUCGACUGAUUGCCCAGCUCAUGUGCGGAGCUGUCGCUGUCGCGUCUGACGACGAUCUCGCGUCGCCAACGAGUCUUGGUGGCAUACAUAGCGCCCUUCUCGGCAUAUUCUCGGGCCUGCACGGCAAGCAGCAGUGGCUCUCUACUGUCGAGCCCACAAGCGAAACCGAACGCGAGCAAGACAGCCAGACCUUGCCUGGUUUACACGGCGGUGUGCGAGCUUUCAGCGAAGCGGUGGAGCAUGCAGGAGAGGCAGCUACUGGCAGUCUGCUCUCCUAUUUCACAGCGUAUUCGCGCAAGUCUGGCUCGACGCGGUUUAGGCCGGUUUGGCAAGCAGUCUUCAAUGAGCAAGCUGCCUCGCGCGGCGCGGGCUCGCUUCCGACGCUCUACAACGCGUUCACAAUGAUGCAGGAGCUUGCGGGUCAGCUCCUGACGAAGAUCGAAGACUGCCGAGAGCUGCAGUUCCAACUGGAGAAUCUGUUCGACGUCAAUACGGGCGAUUUCGAAGCUCAAUUCGGCGUCGUCCUGGACUCGUCUCGCGACGGUAGACUAAGCGAUAAUCAAAAAACACGCUUACUCAGUAGCCUCAUCGAUGCUAGCAGGCGCAGAGCUCGCGCCAUACUGACCGCGGUCGAGACUUCUUUGCUGCUGAUCUGGCGCCAUCUCAACUUCUAUACAGAAGAGCACCGACAUCAGCUCCUGGGCGCAUCCGGACGGCCGAAUGCUGCAACUCUAAGUACAGAAUAUCGGCCGGUUGUGCGUAUGACGAACAACAUCGACAUCAACCAGCUGCGGCGAGAGACAAGCGAGCAUCUGCGUCCUUGCUGCAGCCAGUUAAGUGACACUUCACUGGACGCCGAGAUCUUCGGCAAGGAAGCUCGCAGUCACGAUGUGCUUCUGGGCAGUCUCGUGAGAAGUCUCGCAGAAGCACUAGAACCCAAUGAUGGACUCGCUCCUCGCUAGACUCAUGUACGCAGAAAAAGGCAAAAAUCCCAGAUGACUGCUGUCAUUGAUGCAUUGUAUGUACGAUCUACCGACCCGGGCUGAUACUCGUGCCUGUCAAGAGCCUGCAAAAGCUACUUGCAAGGUUGAUGCUCUGCUUUGAGAGAUCCGAGCUGAUCAGGACCCAAAGGGCGCUUAGAUGAUCGCAGAGGUAUCGAAUCUUUCUCGACGUCGUCCUGACACACUCAGUGCCUAUGUAAUCUUGGCCAUCGUGCAACACGGGUAAGGGACGAGUCU